AUGUGGCGUGGUUUUGGUGCCGAAACUGAUUCGGAGCCAUUACCGGCUCAACGAAGUUAUUUUCGUCCACGUAUUCAAUCAAUAUCGGGUGUAUUGGCAAUGACCAAACAACGUUUGUUCACAAUGGCACCACGUGAUGAUCCAGAUCAAUCAUUACCUGCACAUACAGCAUCAAUACAUCCAGUAACAGCAAUGAAUCAUCAUCAUUCGCAUCAUUCACAUCAUUUAAAUCUAAAUGAUCCAUAUCUAUUGAAUGGUGCACUUGGUUUACUUGGUGCACGUUGUCCAUCACCAGCACGUUCAAGUUAUGGUGAUAUUAUGUCAUUUAGUCGUUCAGUAUCUGCACGGCCAUCGAUUGAUUCACAAACAGCACAUGCUAUUUAUGUUUGA